CAGCAUCAGAAAUUCAAAUUUCAACAUCAUCACAAAGCCGCAUCGAGCAGGACAAAGCGAAAGAAGGUUUCUCCGACGAGGAAGCAAAAUUUCGGGAGCAAACGCGCCUGCAGAUGCUGGGUAAGGAGGGACUGGAGUUACUUACAGAAGCCAAAGAGCUGA